AUGGAUCUAUCCUAUCUAUAUGUGCUGUCCGUCUGCAGGGGUGCAAACGUCCCCGUCCCCCUCCUGCCUUAUUGGGACGAUUCUCAUGUAAGCGUCCCCCCGUCCCCCUUCGCACGGUCCUUUUUUGGGGCCUCCGCCCUUCUUUCGAUCGAAAUCCGUGCUUUCUCCGUCGUGGGAGCGUCCCCGUCCCUUUAUGGCCGUCCCCCUCCCUUUAUGGCCGUCCCCCUUGCCGUCACCUCUUCUGCAUUUGCAUCCGUCCCCCCCCCUUAUGCAACCGUCCCCGUCCCUUUAUGGCCGUCCCCGUCCCUUUAUGGCCGUCCCCGUCCCUUUAUGGCCGUCCCCCUUUCCUUCAUGGCCGUCCCCGUCCCUUUAUGGCCGUCCCCCCUUGCCGUCACCUCUUCCACAUUCAUGUCCGUCCCCCCCUGUCAUGCGAGAUGGGCCGCGUUCUUACCGUUCUUACCCCGGUUUCAUCGUAUGACUCGACCUCAUCUUCGUCUCAUCACUGUGCAGCAACAUAUAGAGUCACUGGCAUCAGGCAUCAAGGGCAUCCAACAUCGCACUGAUGUCGCUUAUUUUGCAUGCCUAAACCUUGUGAUACAGCUGCAAUGCCUGCUCACCCCUCAUUUUCUGUAUUUACCUGGUAAUAAUUACAUAGGUGUAUUGCUACAUACUCUACGGGCAUAA